AUGUCUUCGAGCAAAGCAAGAGAAAACCUAACCCUAGAGCUCAAGAUCAUGUCGGCAACGGACAUAAGAAAUGUGAACAUAAUGUCCGAAAUGGACGUCUACGCCUUAGCUUGGAUAGACGGCGAACCAAAUCGAAGGAGACCACUGUUCAAAUCCACCCCGAUUGCCUACUCUUCCGGCUCGAAUCCCACGUGGAACCACCACUUCAAAUUCUCCGUUAACGACCGUUUGGCCCUCGACGGCCGUUUGACACUCUCCGUCAAGCCGGUUAGCCAUCGUCCGCUUGGCGGCGAUCGGGAUAUCGGCCAAGUCGACGUCCCGGUUUUGACACUCCUGCUUCAGAACAUGCCGUCACUGUUGAUUAACGGCGACGGAGCCGGGAUGAUGUCCGUGAGUUAUCCGGUUAGAGUUGUCGGGGGAACAAAAGUUUGA